AUAAAAAUCUCAAACACUUGUUCCCUGCGGCGCACAGUCCGUGUGGGUUUCUCGACAUGGCACUCUUUCACUUAAUAUCCAGCUGGGCUGUUCAGGCGCUUUUAUUUCUCUUAAUUGUGUUUUUCAUCGUGUUUGUCGCGUUCUGUUUGUACAUUAAAAGUAUUCACAUGAAGUAUGACCACAUACCGGGACCACCCAGAGACAGUUUUUUGCUCGGACAUAUCCCAACGAUCAAGAGGGAAAUGCAAAGUGGACGAGUUGUGCACGAAAAGUUCCUGCAAUGGGCUGAGAUGUACGGGCCUGUUUGCAGGAUGAAUAUGCUGCAUCAUGUUCUUUUGCUUGUGACCUGCCCAGAAACGACAAAGGAAAUUCUGAUGUCCCCCAGUUACCCAAAAGAUAAAUUUCUGUACAAACGGCUCUUCAACCUGUUUGGUCAAAGAUUUCUUGGCAAUGGCCUGGUUACAGUAAGGGACCAUGCAGUGUGGUACAGACAACGUAGGAUCAUGGACCCUGCCUUCAACAGUCUGUAUCUCAGAGGUCUAAUGGGUACCUUCAAUGAAAGAGCACAAAAAUUAAUGGAAAAACUUUCAGAACUGGCUGAAUGUAAAACUGAGGCACCAAUGCUUCACUUGUUCAAUCGUGUUACCCUAGAUGUCAUCUGCAAGGUUGCUUUUGGAGUUGAAUUAGAUCUGUUGAAGAAUGCAUCGGCUUUCUGUAAAGCCAUUGAAAAAUGUCUGACAGGGAUUCACUAUAUCAGAGAUCGCACAUUCGAGUACUAUCCAAAGAACUGGCAGUUCAUUAAGGAAGUGAAGAAGGCCUGUCGGCUACUUCGCACAACUGGAGCAAAGUGGAUCGACGAAAGACAAACCGCCAUUCGAAAUGGGGAGGACGUCCCCAAAGACAUCCUCACACAGAUCAUCAAAACUGCUGAAGAAGAGGAAAGCAUGACAGAAGAAGAUGAAGAGUUUAUGCAGGACAAUUUUGUGACCUUCUUCCUUGCCGGUCACGAAACAACAGCUAACCUCCUUUCUUUUUGCAUCAUGGAACUAGGAAGACAUCCUGAUAUCCUGGAAAAAGUGAGGAAAGAGGUGGAUGAUGUCAUUGGAAUGAAACGGGACAUAAACUGUGAUGAUCUGGGGAACCUGGUGUACCUCUCUCAGGUGCUAAAGGAGACUCUGAGGAUUUACCCCAUAGCUCCUGGUACGUAUAGAGAGGUACAAAAAGACCUUGUCAUCGAUGGGAUCCACAUUCCAGCAGGAGUGACCAUGUUUUUUGACUCCUUUGUGACUGGGAGGAUGGAAAAAUUCUUCAAGGACCCGCUCAAAUUUGACCCUGAGAGGUUUCACCCAGAUGCUCCAAAGCCUUAUUACUGCUACUACCCCUUUUCUCUCGGUCCACGCUCUUGCCUGGGUAAGACAUUUGCUGAGAUGGAAGCUAAAGUGGUGAUGGCCAAACUGCUGCAGAGGUUCGAGUUCACGCUUGUCCCUGGACAGACCUUUGACAUCUUGGAAUCCGCCUCUCUCAGACCCAAGAGUGGAGUGGUGUGCGCCGUCCAACAAAGGAAAUAAAUGGCCAUGCAACACACCCACAUCAAACAAAACAUGUUUAAAUGUCAAACAGAAAAGACAUCAUUGGUUGUCACUUUUUUCAGUGCUGUUUAGAUUUACUAGAUGUCCUCUGAGAAUAGUAUAGUUUAUUUAAAAGCAGGUUAUAUUUGCAAUCUAGUUGC